AGAAAUCAAAUCUGUGUAUGUUGAGGGCUCUUCUUCCUUGUAUACAGCGACACCUUCAGGGCGGUCAGGACAGGUGCGCGAGCGGACAGGGCGUGGCCAUGCGCUCAGGUGAACUGGAAGGAGGAAGACAGCCUGAGAGCCACGGUAAGAGGAGAAGGUCCUUAAACAUCUUAAACCCUUAAUUAUGACUUAAUCUGAAAGAGAGACUUCAGGAUGGUGAAUUCGGGUCUUUGCUGUGGCAAUCUGAAGGAUGAUAAGAUCCUAAUGAAGAUGGGUUUGGGGCUGGUGCUGGUGGGUCAUGUGAACUUCUUGUUGGGGGCACUGGUACACGGAGCUGUGCUCAGACACAUAAAAGCGUUCACCUUGAACAAGACAGUUGUCUACCCCAUCUCCAAUGUCAUCGCUCUCGUGGCAGGACUUAUGGCAAUUAUUGGUGGAAUCUCAGCUAUUGUUCUGUCAAAGAACAAGAAAAACCAGCUGCUGAGUUGGUUUCUAUUAAUAGUGAGUGUCUUGGCUGUUCUCUUGGGUGCCACCUCUGCAGUGGGUAUCUCCGUCGCCACAGUGAGGGCCAUAAUGUGGGAAGGAAGCAAUCUGUUUGCCCACUGCAACCUGUCUGAAAACAUAACCUACUACAGCAUCACAAAUGAAUGCCCCUUUGACCCCACACGCAUCUAUGGAACUACAUUAAUUUUAUGGUUUCCAUUAAUUCUGAUGUCUGUGGUGGAGGUGGUAUUCUCCUGCCGCUGCUUCUUGGCUUGCACUUCUUUUCUCCGGCUGCGCUGCCCAUGGAGGAGAAAUGUCAGGGUGCGCGUCCAGGUGCCAGAAGAAACUGCACUUCCACCAGACUAUCCAAACGAGGAGGAGCCAACAGAACAGAACGACCUACUUGACAAAGACGCAGUUGCUGUGGAGACUAGUGAUUGGCUAUAAAUCAUAAGUAUAAAUCUUAUGCAAUUGCUUUAUGAUAGUGGAGCAAGAAAUACCAAGUGCCAAUACAAAUAAAAGCAUGCUGCGCACUAAAGCGGCUUGCAACUGAAGAGCGACGGUGCUCUAACCUCUUUGCCUUAGUUUAACACUAAUGUUGUGUUACUCCUCAGUCUUAAAGGCUCAAACCGUGUGGCCGUGGCAAAUGCUGCUGGUUUCACCAUGUAAAGUGCACUACGUUUUAUAUAUUAACAUCAUUUAUGUGUGAUAUGCUUAUGUUUGUUACAUUUUCUACACACGAGAUUCCUUGUUACAGUAAAUUUAUAUAAAAUAUUUUUCUAUUUAAAACUAAGUUUCUGAAAUUGCUCUUAACGGGAUUAAUGGGUCAAAUAUAAAUAUGUAAAUA